CGUUGCUUGUAACUCACAAUUUCUGCGUCUCGGCUAGAAAGCGCAAGGUAGCCCGGACUUCGCUUGAAUCGACUCCACUUGACAGCUCGUGCCAAGAGCGCGUUCUCUUGCAAUACUCCAGCUGGAUGAGCUUUGCUUAUAUGUAUGUCAUCAAAUAGCAGCCAGGGCCCCGGAUGGGCGCAGCUUGCGCGGCCCCGCAACUUUGACGCGGUCUCAACACAGCGCUAGUGCAACGACGGGCGGAGGCCCUGUAGCCAUGUCAAUGGAGGAUGAUAGGACUACAGGCAGUCUCUCGUGGAUUGUGCAGCUGCAGCGCUACCUGGCGCUAAACUCAGCUGGCGAUGCGGGGCACCUUGCCGAGCGACGCAGCUUGCUGGAAAAGCUGCAGGCCUCUCCGUGUACUGCGGAAUCUUGGGCAGGUUUCCUGAUGAACGAGGAAGCCAUUCUGGCGUCUGGACCAAGCGGCCGCAGCAGCAAGGCAAACCCCGUGCUCGCGCAGCUUUACCAGCGGGCCAUCGAGCUGGUCCCCCGCAGCCGCGGCCACGCCUCCGAGGAAUACAUGUACCUCUGGGUUGGGCACGCGCGACACCUGUGGUACCGGAGUGAGGAUGAGGGUCGUGACCUGCUGAAGGCGCUGAAGAACCAGCACCUGCGCGACACGUGCGGUCUGCUGUACUAUGAGUGGGCGCUACUGGAGCAGCAGGCGGGCAACACAAGCAAAGCAGUGGCCAUCCUCCAAAAGGGGAUAAAGGAGCAGGCGGAACCGCGCAGCAUGCUGGUGGGGCUGCUGGCUCAGCUCCAGCCUAGCCUGAGCGGCGCGGAUGGGGCGGGUGCGGAGGCUGCUGCGCCGGUGCCGGAGCGGCGGGUGCACUUCCAGGACGUGGACAUGGCGAGCGCAGAGAACCCUGCUGCCGGGCUUGCUCGCCGCGCCGCGCCGUCCACGCCCGGCGCCAGCCUCAAGCUCGGGGAGGCGGGCAGCUGCGCCACCUCCACCUCCUACACACACCUCUCCGGCACCAGCUCCACUAGCAAGAGCAGCACCACGAUGCUGCCCGGCGACCUCAGCCUGGGCAUCUCCAGCCACCACCACGUGCACAACCUCACGGGCCUGGUCGCUAGCAAGAGCCAGGCCUCGUGCCUCAGCAACAGCUCGGAGGACGACACCAUCAACUGCCGUUCCUCCGCCGCGGAAGAUAACCGCACCCAGGGCUCCCUUGGCGCGGCAGGCGCGGGGCUCGGCACGUUGGCGGGUGGGGGUGGCAACAGCACAGCGACGGUGACGAUGCCAGCGGGCAUCGCAAGCAGCUUCAACCUGGCCGCUGGUGCUGCUGCCGUCGCGGCGCUGGGCAGCGGCGUGGCCGCCGGCACGACGUCUGGUGGCGGCUCGGGUGGCGGCGGGGGCAACAACACAGCCAACAUGAGCAUGGGCCUGCGCCGGUUCGGGCUGAAGAGUAAGGCCGUGCGGAUCACCAGCGGCGACAAACCUUCAGGGAGCGCCAACGCUGCGGACGCGGGAGCGGUGCCUGCCAGCGGCGCCGCACAGCCGGCGCUGGACGUGCCGCUGGCGCCUAGCGGUGGCGCGUUCGACGACGGUGAUGACGCAGCCACGCGCAAGCGGCGCGCGGCGGCGGAGGCGGCGCAGUCGCCUGCUCGCAUGGUGGCCUCGGUGGUGCUGCAGGACGAGGGCAUGAAGCGGCGGCAUUCGCCGGAUCUGGCGGCGGCGGCCGCCGCCGGGGGCAUCAGCGGUCUGGACCGGCAAGCGCCACGGGGCGCAAUGGAACCCGCACAGCAGCCAACGCAGCUGCCAGCACGCCUUGCGACCGGAGACCUGGGUAGCCUCCGGCCGGGCAGCGUGGCGGCGCCGCGGCAGCCGCUGGUACCGGCCACACCGGGAGGCUCUGUCACUGCGGCCAUGCCCGUCGCUGCCGGGCUCUCAGCAGUGCCGGCGCCGGUACCUGUGGCCGUUGACCGGGUGCUGGCCACCCCUGGGCCGGGACCUACGCCGCUGGGCUCGCGACCUGCCACGUCGCGGCCGCAGGAUGUGGAGAACAUGGCUCCUGGGCCGACGCCCGCGCCGGCGCCUGGGCUUGGCGCGAUGAUGCCCAUGGAUGAGAACUGUGUGCCCGGCGGCCCGGGGCCGCUGGGAACGGCUGCAAAGCCGGCAAAGCAGCCCCUGGUGCCGGCGGUCUCCAGCACGCCGCUGCAGCCGCAGCAGGACGGUCGCGAGCCGCUCCGGCCUAUGGGCUACGCGGCGGCACGGCCAUCACCUGCGCCGCAGCCAUUGGCGCCCGUGCCAGCUGCGGUGCCGCCGCACCAUCAGCCAUCUGCUUCAUCGCAGCCUCAGCCCCAGGCGCCGCUGCAUCCGCAGGGUCAGCUUGCGCCGCAUCCACAGCCGCAGAUUGUGCCCCAGCCGCAGCAGGCGCCUGCGCCGGCGGCCCGGCCGCAGCAGCAGCCGGGGCCGCUGGUGGCGUUCAACUGGCAGGAGCGGCUGGAGCAGCCGCAGGCGCGGCCCAUUGAGAGCGAGAUGUAUGUGUACGUGCACGGCAUCCGCUACCAGAAGCUGGACCUGGCGGGCAAGGGCGGUAGCAGCAAGGUGUACAAGGUGCUGGGCCUCAACCGCGCCAUCUAUGCGCUCAAGCGCGUGCGCUUCCAGAAUAAGGACCAGGAGGCGGUCAAGGGCUUCAUCGAUGAGAUUGGGCUGCUGCGGACACUGCGCGGCAAGCCCAACAUCAUCCAGCUCAUCGACGCGCAGGUGUUCCGCGAGGACGGUCUGGUGUACAUGGUGCUGGAGUACGGCGACAUUGACCUGGCGCGGCUGCUGCACAGCCACGAGGAGGCGCGGCGGAGGGCGGCCGGGGGCGGCGAGGCCGCGGAGGCGGCGGCAGCCGGCAGCGGAAACCAGUGCCAGGAGAUUGACGGCAACUUCAUCCGGCUGUACUGGCAGCAGAUGCUUCAGGCCGUCAAGUGCAUCCACGACGCACGCAUCGUGCACGCCGACCUCAAGCCCGCCAACUUCAUGCUGGUGCAGGGGCAGCUCAAGCUGAUCGACUUUGGCAUCGCCAAGGCCAUCCAGGGCGACACCACCUCCAUCAACCGGGAGUCGCAGGUGGGCACUCUCAACUACAUGUCGCCCGAGGCCAUCCAGGGCGGCAGCCAGAACCCCCUGGGCGGCCCGCCGCUCAAGGUGGGCCGGCCCUCGGACGUGUGGAGCCUGGGCUGCAUCCUGUACCAGAUGAUCUAUGGCCGCACGCCAUUCGCGGACCUGUCCUUCAUCCCCAAAAUGAACGCAAUCUGCAACCCCGCAUACCAGGUGCCCACGCCCGAGUGCGGCGAGCCGGAUGCCGUGGACAGCAUCCGCAGGUGCCUGGACCGCAACCCCAAGACGCGCAUCUCGCUUCCGGAGCUACUGGACCACGCCUUCCUACACCCCAACCGCCGCAAGCCGCAGCCACCGCCGGCGGCGCCUGCGCCCGCGCCGCCGCUGCCCAGUGGCGGCGGCGGCAUGGCAGGUCUGACGGAGGAGCAGAUCAAAGCCAUUCUGCAGUUGGGUGUGGCGGGAGGGAGCAGCGCAGCGGACCUGGACUCCAUGGCUCGCCGCGUCAUGCAGCAGCUCGGCGGAGGCGGCGGGCUGCUGAUGUCAACGUCAGCAGCGCCACCAGCUGCAGCAGGCGCGGCGGCUGCGCCACCACCGCCCCGAGGUCCGCCUCCUCCACCCCCGCCGGCGCCGCCUCCGCCUCCGCUCUUCGGCGCGGCGCCGCGCACGGGUGCACCGCCGCCACCACCGCCUGCGCCGCCGCCGCCGCCGCCGCCGCUAUUUGGUGGUGCGGUGGCUGCAUCUCGGCCGGCUAGCGUACCGCCGCCACCGCCGCCGCCACUUGGCGCCGCCGCGUCUGGUACUGCGCGCGCGGCAGCUGCACCUGCAGCCGCGGCAGCGCCGGGCCUCGGAGACAUUGCUGCUAUGGCGGCAGCUGCCGCCGCGAAGCGGUCUGCCAAGCCGCCCCUGGUGGACCCGCUAGAAGCUCGCAACGCAGCCGCCGCCGCAGCGGCCGCGGCGGCAGCAGCGGGUCCAACACGCGCGCCGGCUGGUGCCGCCGGCGGUGGCGGCCUGCCGCUGAUGGGCGCAGAACUGCACGCCGCCAUCCUGCAGCAGCGGGCGCAGCUGCGGCCAGUGCAGGAGCCGCAGCAGCAGCAGGAGCCGGUUGCGACCACAGGACAGCACGCGGCGGCGGCACAGCAGGUGGCAGGGUCAGCGGCAGCGGGGCCCGCCGCCGCCAGGCAGGGGCAAGCGCCAGCACCCAGUAGCGAAGACAACGGGCUUGAGGCGGUGUUGCGGCGCGGUCUGGAGCGCUUCCACUUUGGCGACGCCGGCGGCGACCACACACACGGGGACACCGACUUUAUUGAGGCCGCCAUGACAGCUGCCCGGCGGGACACAUGAACAGUGGGUUGGGGCGGGGGUUGAUUUCAUUGAUCCAUAAGCAUGGAUUUAGUUUAGGCAUCAGCUGGGCUGCAGGUCAGGUGGCGUGAGCAGCGGUGCUGCGCUUGGAUGCUGGCGUAGACGGCUGUUAUUUGGUAAAGGAUCAACCGAAAAUGACGCCCAGCUGCCCAAGCCCAAAGGAGGUGGGGCAGUGGUGUUCAUGGUGUAGCGGAUGCCGCCCGGCUGUGAGACCACCACGACGAAGUAGGCACGGGAGGGCCGGGGCUGGCUAACGGACGGUUCCACAGGCUCGACUGUGUCGGUGCCAUUAUGACUGGCUUGGUGCGAUACGCCAGGUAUCGCAGUGUAAGCUAGGGCCUGUGCCCAGGCAGCAGGGCGCGUGGGGAGAGGAGCAUAUGUGUCGUACAUGCACGGAAGCGGUUGUCUUAGUCUUACUUGAUUGAUGGAUAGUGCUGUCACGGUACUGUUUGAACGGAUGGACACGUACGGCUAGCUUGGGCCGGGGCCUGCUGUGGAUGGAGUCCCGUACUGAGGGUUGCGUUCAGAGGUAGCCACGCACUAGGGGGGCACCCGCCCCUGCCUGCCACGCGCGCUCUGGUGGCCUGGCCGAACCCAGCAGCAGCCACAAGAAAGGGGACGCGGUCGGGGGUCAGGGUUUGGAAGCUGGAGGAUUGUGGGCGGAGGGGUCUGGCCGGCAUGACCCGGCCGCGGGGUGCAGGUAGCAAGUAUGGCUGCUGGUGUUGGAGCGCAAGGUAGGGUACACGGAGAGCGUAGGUACGUGGUGUUCCGUGAGGCGUGAGCCAUACUUGCCCUACUGUAUUGAAAUUCGAAG